CGUGAACCAUGUAAUUCUUGCCCGAAGCUUGGGUGCAAACCAACCUAGACUUCACCUUGUCUCUCUUGCAUGUCUUCCCUUUGCAGGGAACGAAUGUCCUGUCGUCCACUGUGCAACGUUGCCGUCUUUCCUCCCGGUCGUUACUUUGCUGCAACUUAGACGGCCAAUCAUUUGGACGCGUCAGUAUAGAUGCGUACGUAAAUCUGAUACGCCCAAGCCAAGCCAGCCCCGUCGACGACAGCUGUACAGUGUUUUGCGUUUUGGAUAAACUCAUUAUCAGGAACCAUUGUAUGCGCAGUCGGACUGGGGGAUCUGCAAACGCUUAGCACACUUGGUCUCGGGACCCUGCAACGCUUCUCCGAGACGUAUCCAGACUUUUUCACUCUUCCAUGAGCGAUUCACCAUGUCAUACGAAGACUUGGACGACCUUCUCGGCGAAGAAACAUUUGACUAUGUCGAGGACACAUAUAUCGAGGCCGACGACCUCGCCGAACAUGUCGUGCCGUCGCCACCGCCUACAAAUGAUGACGACGAUUUUGACGCAGACUUGUGGCAGUACGACUACUGGAUGGACAUUGACUACGCCUCGGAUGGCGACGAGAUACGGCAGCGGCAGCACGACUCAAGGGCGAUGAGAGCAAAGAAGCGGAAGCGGGCCGAGCAGCAACGAAAUGCAAAAGCGCCGACACCGAGCAAGAGGCGGAAAGUGCUUGCGGUGCGGUCGACCGGCAGAGUACAGCCUUUGGAUGAGCUUGCACCCGUGGUGAUGAUCAAGCGAGCGGUUGAGCAGAGAUACGAGCCUCAGGAAAUGCGCGUCGUCGACACGAAACCACUGCCAUCCGAGGCUUUGUUUAAAGAUUGGCGCGAGACAUUUCAGAACACCCCCAUGUGGACAUCGAAGAGGCCGGCGGUCGAGUUGGAAGAGGUGCAUGACGCUCCUGACGACGACGAGGAAGACUCUGAGGAAGGCGAUGACGAUGAUAAUAUAGAGGAGGCUCGUGCAUUGCUUGAAUGUGCAAGGAGGACUGGAGAGCAUGAGAGCGACGAGUCGGCGUGGGAUGACGAAGAUGAGGAUGAUGAGGAUGACGUAAAAGAUCAAAAUGGGUUGAUGGAGCUCGAUCCGGAUGCACUCAAGAUGGCGAUCAAGAAGAAUCUCGCGGCAGCAGGCAUCAACACUAACGGAAUUGACGAACAAACGCUUACGGGUAUGGCGAUGAAGCUGUUUGCAGGUGCGGGUGGGAGAGGAGAGACCAACGAGGACAUCUUGGAUGUUUUCACAGAUCAAAUUCUUGGCGGAGGAGGGAAAAAGGGCCAGGCUGACUCUGGAGUGGAACAGCUCCGUGAAAAGGAAGAGGCGGAGGAGGGCGAGGGCGAGAAUGGGUUUGUAGGAUGGGUGCAAAGGCAGGCCAAGGAGAAGGCUGCGCAGAGGGAGCAGACACAAGAGAAACACGGCGACGCGCCCGAUCUCCCAACUCCUGAAUCCAGCUACGGAAAGCCGUCUACCUCGCCCCCAGAAAAAGUUGGGCCAACCGAAGAAUCAGCAGAUGCAGCGCAGAGAGUGGUGCAGACGAGAGAAACGCGAGGCACAAAGCGCAAGGCUGACGGCACAGGGCCAGCACCGGAAGCAAGAACAGCGACGAGACGAAGAUUUGACGCACCCACGGCGUCAAGUAGGGCGAAAGCAACGGCUACCGCAACAAGUUCUGGCGCUGAUGCGGCUGCCAGACGAAGCCGAAAGGGAUGAAUGGAUGGUGGGUUGGGAAAGAUUCAGCAGGAUUGAAUCAAAGGCGAACCCGUACUUUGCAAUCCCACUUGGAAACACGGGAGACUCGAACAUUCGUCAAGCAAGUUUCCGCAUCACAUACACUUUUGUCUUGGAGACUUGUGGAGGUUGCGCUCGACGCUUGAUGGUGCUGCCAGGGCUUCUCAUGUGCGCAGGCCCGAGCUAAGCCAAAGCACAACGGGGCAAGGGAUUUGAAAUUGCUCCGUGAGCCCAACGGGAGACAAGAUGAGUUUGACGCCUACAGGACAUGAGCAAAAUCAAAAGUGUCUCGACGCCAUGAUGCACGACGUUCACGAUUUCUGCUUUCAAUGAUUGCUAUGCAUUUGUACCGUGUGAGAGAUCCAUCUUUUCGUCAGCAAAUGAGUCUUGGGACACAGCCAAAAACCACACACAUUCGCGCACAUAACGUAUACACA